GGGGCGGGGCGCGCGGACACCCUCGCCGCGCCCGGCCUGCCUUUGCUAUGGCCGCCGGCUCCGCGCCCCUUGGCGGGCACCCCCGCGUGCAGAGGCCGCAUCUGAGCAAGAUGGAGCGGAUGGUCGUGACCAUGCAGGACCCCGACCAGGGCGUGAGGAUGCGGAGCCAGCGCCUGCUCGUCACCGUCAUCCCGCACGCGGCGAACGGCAGCGACAUCGUGGAGUGGCUGAUCCAGAAGUACUCCAUCGCGGAGGACGAGGCCCUGCAUCUGGGCAGCCUCCUCGUGCAGCAUGGCUACCUCUACCCGCUGCGCGACCCCCGCCGCCUCGAGCUCCGGCCGGAUGAGACGCCCUAUAGAUUCCAGACGCCCUAUUUCUGGACGAGCACCCUGUGGCCAGCCGCCGAGCUGGACUAUGCCAUCUACCUGGCCAAGAAGAACAUCCGAAAGCAGGGCGCCCUGGUGGACCACGAGAAGGAGCAGUACCACCAGCUGCGCAGGAGGAUCAGCCACGCAUGGGACCUGGUGAUGAUGCAAGCCCGGGAGCAGCUGCGGGCAGCUAAGCAGCGCAGGAAGGGGGACAGGCUUGUCAUCGCAUGCCAGGAGCAGACGUAUUGGCUGGUGAACAGGCCCCCGCCGGGGGCCCCCAGUGUGCUGGAGCAGGGGCCAGGACGGGGCCCCUGCAUGGCCGGGCGAGCGCCGAUGACCGAGACCGUGGAUUUCUACAGGCGGGAGGUCGAGUGCUUACGCAGGGCGCUGGGCCGAGCCCGGGUGAAGUCCUCCACCUGCCUCGAGGCGUACCUGAAGUUUAGCAGCCAGCAUGGGCCGCAUGACCCCAUCAUGUCGGGGUGCCUGCCCAGCAACCCCUGGAUCACAGAUGAUGAUGCCUACUGGGCCAUGAAUGCACCCAGCGCAGCUGCGCCCACCAGGCUGCGCGUGGAGCAAUGGGCCUUCAGCUUCCGGGAGCUCCUGGAAGACCCCGUGGGACGGGCCCACUUCAUGGACUUUCUUGGGAAAGAGUUCAGUGCCGAGAACCUCAGCUUCUGGGAGGCCUGUGAGGAGCUGCGCCAUGGAGGCCAGGCCCGGGUCCCCGCGCUAGUGGACGCGGUGUACCAGCAGUUCCUGGCCCCCGGCGCCGCCCGCUGGGUCAACAUCGACAGCCGGACGAUGGAGCAGACGCUGGCGGGCCUGACCCAGCCCCACCGCCACGUGCUGGACGACGCCCAGCGGCACAUCUACCUGCUAAUGAAGAAGGACUCCUACCCGCGCUUCUUGAAGUCAGACUUGUACAGAGACCUGCUGGCGGAGGCUGUGGUGCCCCUGGAGACCAAGCGGCGGGUGUUCCCGUUCACGCGGAAGCCCCGGCACUCCAGCCCCAGCCCUGCUCUCCGUCCUGCCUCAGCCUCUGGGGAGCCCGUGGGUGGGGAUGGUGAUGGGGAGACCUAGGGGGCCCUGGGGGAGGGGGCACCAUCUGGCCCUCAUCAGCUGCUCUCACCUGGGGCCCUGGCAGCUGCUGAGACCCGGCGCGCAGGCGAUCCCGCAGGCCCUGAGCAUCCUGCCUUGUAGCAGCUCCUGUCCCCUUGUCACACCCUCCCCGGGGGGCUGAUUCCCAGGGCAGGGGUGCCCUGCGCUGAGACGGGAUGGCAGGUCCUGGUGUCCUGUGCUGGCGCCCACCUGGCCAGAGACUCGGGCGCAGUCAGGUGGUCGCCAGCAGGGGGCACCAGCCUGCAGGGGACCUGCCCUCCUGCUGGGCCGUGGCCUCCCUGCCUCCACAGAGACAGCUCCAGCAUCCCUGCUCCUCUGAUAGCCGGGCCUGGUUCAUGGCCAGGGCGGCAGAGCUUUUGGGGAAAGAUACCCGGGCUCCUUGGAGGGGCAGUGCCACCACCCUCAGGGCGGCCCACACCCUCCUGCCUCCCGCACAGAAAUAAAGGCCUCCGGGCCCUCCCGCUGA